CCCUCCAUCCGUCGGCGGUGGCACGGAGCUGGGCAGGGAUUUCCGACGAGCCUCUACGACGGAGGAUGGGGAGACAGCUCUGCUGCUGGUGAAGGAAGUCUGAUGUGGAUGCUGAGCCUGAGGAGAGCCCAGGGAGCAGCAGCAGCAGCAGCAGCAGCAGCAGUAGCAGCAACAGCAGGAAGGCUGUAGAUGCCCUCUCUACAGGUGCAGCUCCAGCCCAGGCCUCUACUGGAGAGCCAGGACAAAGAGGAGACAGUUCCUGUUCUGACUCUGACUGUCCUGUAGACUUCAGCUCCAGUGAGGAGGACGACGACAACAAAGCAGAGAAGGAAGACAAAAUGUUCUCCUCCAAAUUUCUUAGCGGGGCCAACCCCCUAAAUGCUAUGUCUUCUGCUGUAAACAAGUUCAGUCUGUUUGGAGAUGAUGGUGAAGGAGAUAAAAAAUUGUCUCAGCAAGGGAAGAAGCCCUCUGGAGAGCAGCAGACUGGAGCCGCUCAUGGAAAGGACGCUCAACAAGAGCAAGGCCCCACAAAAUCAGGCCAAGGUCCCUCUAUGCAAAAGUCUCAGCCUCCUUCUAAACAAGGUUCGCCACAGUUGCAGGGGAAUCGACAGACUGGACAACAACAGGCCGCGUCAAGUAGAGCAACAGAAAGCCCCCAAACACAACCCAAGGGCCCACCACAGCAGGGUUCACCAAAGCCUAGAGCUCAGCAAGUGGCUAAGAGUGGAGCCCAACCCGAAUCUCCCAAAAUCCCACCAGACAGACAACAGGCUCCAUCAAAGACAAAAGUGCAACAAGGUCCUGCACAGGGGCCCACAAAAGUUGGGUCAGAAUCAGAAAAGCAACAACAGCAGCAGUCACCAAAAAUUGGACAGCAAAAACAGGACACAACUAAGGCAGGUCAACAACAAAAAGGAACCCGAGCCACACCCCAGCUUCAGUCCUCUGAUAAACAACAUGGCAUUAAGGGAGCAGGCACACCUGACCUUACUCCAGCAGGGUCUCCAUCGGUGGGAGCAACCAGAGCCAGAUCUCAGUCCAAAGCAGUUUCUAAAACUCUUUGUCCAGUCUGUAAUACGGCUGAACUUAAUAUUAAUGCCAAGGAACCACCUAAUUAUAAAACCUGUACUCAGUGUAAAUUGGAAGUGUGCAGCUUGUGUGGCUUCAGCCCUCCAGACUCUGAUGGCCGUGAGUGGCUUUGUCUUACCUGCCAAAUACAGAGAGCUCAAGGAUCGACUGAACCACCAGGACCUCCCACGAAAAAACCCCCACCAAGCAAAAUUUCUGCUUCACAGACCAAGACACCAGCUUCUGCUGAACCCAUUAGAAAAGAAAUGUCAGCACCAGGUUCACCGCAAAACAUGCAGUCGAAAUCAACAAACGUGCCACUGAAGGAUGAAGCUGAAAAAGGACCAGAAAAUCGAAAACAUGUCAGUCCAGCAUCUCCCAAGAAAAUGACACCUGAGACUCAGAGAAAACUUGGACCUCAAAAACCACAACUAAGCAGUCAAACUGGACAGACGCAAAGCAGUGCCACCUCUGCUCCCCACCAGGGUUCAGGAGGGAUUUUUGGUUUUGGUGGUUCCAAAAAGGAACCUGCAAAAGCAGAUGACACAGUGACUGGGAAGAUGUUUGGCUUUGGUUCAUCCAUUUUUAGCUCUGCAUCUACUUUGAUAGUGUCAGCUGUACAGGACGAAUCCAAAACCACUCCACCGGUUUCUCCUAAGAUGCAACCUGCAAAGGACACUAAAUCAGCUACUGGCCAAAAGUUGGAGCAAGAAAAAAAGCAACAAACUUCUCAGGAGGCAAAAGCUCAGUCAGCAGGCCAGGGUAAAUUAGCAGAGGCUCCAAAGGCGACUUCAACCUCCCACAGUGCUCCUAACAAAGGCCAAUCUACUUGUCCAAUCUGUAAGAUGGGGCUCAACGUGGGCUCAAAGGAUCCUCCCAACUACAGCUCCUGCACUGAGUGCAAAAGCAUAGUCUGUAAUCAAUGUGGAUUUAACCCAAUGCCAAAUGUAAAAGAGGGAAAAGAGUGGCUUUGUCUAAACUGCCAAGUGAAACGAGCUGCCGGAGGAGCUGAACCACAGCAAGAGACAUCCUCAGCCAGUUCAUUUAAAAAAGCAACUGCAGCCCAAUCUGCACCUCAAAAGAUGUCUGUUCAAGGGUCCCCUCAGAAAACACAACCAACACUACCUGCCAAGGCGGAAGGUCUAGACAGACAUAAAGAGGCGAGCCCAGCUGCUGGUCAGGAAACACCAAAGGAGGACCAGAAGGCAGGUCCUCUGAAACAAACAAAGCAGACAGUUCAAACUGCGCAAAAGCAGGGAAAUGCCACAAACCAAGAUUCUGGAGGAUUUUUUGGUUUUGGUGGUCCUAAAAGUCAAACUGACACAGCAAAACCUGGAGAAUCGAUGACUGGAAAGAUGUUUGGCUUUGGUUCCUCCUUCUUAAGUUCUGCUUCCACUUUGAUGACUUCAGCUGUUCAAGAUGAGCCCAAAAUUACACCUCCAGUUUCGCCUAAAGUGUCACAUGCAAAGGACUCUCAAUCUCCCACAGUAAUGAAACAAGAACAAGAGAAGAAACUGCAGGAGCCAAAGCAAGCCAUGGGUCCAAAGUCAGGAGCGCCAAAAGCAGACAAACCUUCACCAGAACCGCCAAAGAAAGCUUCAGCUUCACCUGUUGUUUCCAAGACUUGUCCUCUCUGUAAAGUGCAUCUUAAUGUGGGCUCUAAAGAUCCCCCCAACUACAACACCUGCACCGGGUGCAAAAGCACUGUUUGUAAUCAAUGCGGAUUUAAUCCCACGCCAAAUGUUCAGGAGGUGAAGGAGUGGUUAUGUCUAAACUGUCAGGUGCAGAGAGCAUUGGGGGCAUCUGAGCCUCCAGGAACUCCCAAGAUGAAACUACAGGCCUCACCAAAUAAAGCUGCUAGUGCACAAAAUAAGGAAACUCCUUCUCAACAGAAAGACAUAUCAACAAUUGGAAUAUCUAAGGAGAGCUCACCAUUAGGCUCCCCUCAACGGAACCCCCCAAAACCAGCCGAGCAGCCAAGGUCCAAAAGUCCGAAAGAUGUCAGUUCAGACGCUGGCCAAAAAAUUGCACAUCAAGUUCAGAAGACCGGCCCCCAAAAACCAGCAGACCCCACUAGCCAAACCAGACCAGAGAAGAGUAAACCUCAGUUUGAUAGUGCAAAAGCUGCUGAAUCACUUGGUGGAAAGAUGUUUGGCUUUGGUUCUUCCAUUUUCAGUACUGCAUCUACUAUGAUAUCUUCAGCCGUACAAGACGAAUCAAAAACAACGCCACCUGUUUCUCCUAAAAUGCCAGUUGCAAAAGAAACCAAAUCAUCCCCUGUUCAGAAGCAUGAGCAGGAGAAGAAACCACAACAGAUUCAACAACCCAAGACCUCUCCUUUGCUACAACCUCGAGUAGAAAAAGGGCCACAAGAGCCUCUGAAACUUCCAGUGGCUUCAGAUGCUUCAAAGGCAGGUCAAUCUACCUGUGUGCUCUGUAAGGCAGCACUCAACUUUGGCUCCAAGGAUCCUCCCAACUACAAUAAAUGCACAGAAUGCAAGAAAACUGUCUGCAACCAGUGUGGAUUUAAUCCAAUGCCAAAUGUGUCAGAGGCUAAAGAAUGGUUAUGCCUAAACUGUCAGAUGCAAAGAGCUCUUGGUGCAUCUGAACUCACAGGACCUCCAGUGAAACCACAAAGUGGAACCAACAAAACUUCUUCAUCUCCAAUGCAUAAGAAAAUAACAGCUCCGACUCGAGAGGAAAAUCAAAAGAAAGAAUUACUCAAAUCUGAAACAAAAACAGAAGCCCCAGUACCUGUUUCUUUUCAAAAGAAGGAGAGCACCACACAAGGUUCACCUCAGAAGGCACAGAGUGCGGCAGUAACAUCUGGAACUAAAGAUACUAAAGAUCCUGAAAGACCUGAAACUAAGCCUAUCCUAACUGUUAGUCAGAAAACACAAAAACAGAUUGACCAGGGGAAUCAGCCUGAACACAAGAAAGGUACACCAGAUGCACAACAUGAACCAGAAAAAUCUCCUAGUGAUCCUAAAACAGAGCCUGAUGUUUCAAAAUCAACAGAGUCCUUGAGUGGAAAGAUGUUUGGAUUUGGUUCCUCCAUUUUCAGCUCAGCAUCCAGUUUGAUAUCAGCUGCUGUUCAGGAAGAUUCGCAAACGACACCACCAGGCUCUCGUAGAAUGUCUGUUCUGUCCAAUCUUUCUUCAAAAAGUUCACCUGCAGUUUCUCCUAAAAUGUCACCAGCCAGGGAGAAAAAACCUCUUCCUCAGAAACCAGAGCCAGAGAAGAAAUCUGACCAGAUUCCCCCAAGCAAAGAUGGAAAUGCUUCACCACAGCCGUCAAAAGUCUCUCAAAGAGGUCCAGAUGCAGGCCAGAAAACCUGUCCACUUUGUAAGACUGAGAUGAACAUCGGCUCGAAGCACCCUCCAAACUACAACACCUGCACUAAAUGCAAAACCACUGUUUGUAACCAGUGUGGAUUUAGCCCCAUGCCUGUUGGAGAGGUAAAAGAGUGGCUUUGUCUUACAUGUCAGAUGAAAAGAGCAGUUGGAACAUCUGACCCUCUGGAACCACCCAUUUUAAAGUCCCAAACAUCGCCCAAUAAAUUUCCUAUAUCUGCUCCUGCUCAGCCAAAAGAUUCCAAUCUGACUGCUCCUCAAAUAAAAGACCGUCCUGACCCUGUGGAACAAACAAAGGAGACCUCAAAGGUUGUCUCUUCCCAGAAAAAACUAUCUGAGGCUGAUGCUGCUUCACUGAAACAAACCACAGAUCAAAAAUCAACUGAAGAAAAAACAAAACCGAUUCAGAAGAAGGUUCCAGAUCAGCCAAGCCAACCUGAACGCAAACUGAGUAACGCUACUCCUGAAGCACAUCAAGAGUCAGGAGGCUUGUUUGGUUUUGGUGAUUCUAAAUCUCAGCCUGAAGCGACAAAGGCAGUGAGUGGGAAGAUGUUGGGAUUUGGUUCUUCCAUAUUUAGCUCAGCCUCUUCUAUGUUAAACUCCAUCAGCAACACAACACCACCGGUUUCUCCCAAGGGGCCCCCCAAGAUGUCUCCUGCAAAGGAAUCUAAAUCUACUGUGCAGAAAGUAGAACAGGAAAAGAAACCAGAUCAGCCCCAGAAAGCAGAGGGUCAACCAUCUUUAAAGCCCAAACCAGAUGAAACCAAGUCUCCUGCCUCACAGAAACGUGAGCCUCAGAAGCCAUCCUUAGAGACAAAGACAUCUCCAUCACUACAACCCAAAGUGGACAAAACACCACCAGGAUCGUCAAAUCCAGAAGCUGGUCUUCAAGAAAGUGUCAAAUCAGGCCAAUCCACCUGCCCACUGUGUAAGAUCAAACUCAACAUGGGCUCCAAGGAUCCACCCAACUACAAUAACUGCACUCAAUGCAAGAAUACUGUCUGCAACCAAUGUGGAUUUAACCCCAGGCCAAAUGAAACAGUGGUUAAGGAAUGGUUGUGUCUUACCUGUCAGAUGCAGCGGACCCUUCAAGAGACAGAGGCCCCAGAUAUGGCUUCUCUCAAAUCGCAGCUGUCUACCCCUAGCACACCUGAGCCUGGAAAGAAAGAGUCAUCAGCACCACAGUCACCUCAAAGGAAACUGUCAGCAAAGGCACAGCCAGAUAUAUCUGAGACUGCUAACAAGCCAGUUGUGCAGAAACAAGCCAGUCCAGUUCCUUCUCAGAUAAAAACACAAGAGCCACAGAAAACAUCCGGCCCAGACAAAUCACCAGGUCAAACAAGAUCGACUGAACGGAAGCAAAGUAAUGCUGCUGCGACACCACAGAAAGAUUCAGGAGGCUUCUUUGCAUUAGGUGGUGGUAAAACUCAGCCUGAAGUGGACAAGUCAGCAGAGUCUGCAAGUGAAAAAAUGUUUGGCUUUGGUUCCUCUAUUUUCAGCUCUGCAUCUAAUUUCAUUACCUCAGCAGUUCAGGAUCAGCCUAAAACCACUCCACCGGUUUCUCCUAAAUUAUCCCCAGCGAGAGAGUCUAAAUCUCAUGCUGCUCAAGAAAAGACAAAACCAGAGCUUGAUCAGACCAAGACAACUGAUGUAAGACAAGCCAAAGUGGACAAUGCUCCACCAGAACCUCCAAAGACAACAGAAGCCUCAAAAUCUGCAGUCAAACCAGGCCAGGCCUCAUGUCCACUGUGCAAGGCUGAACUAAACAUUGGGUCCAAGGAGCCACAUAACUACAAUACAUGUACUCAUUGCAAGAACAUAGUCUGUGACCAGUGUGGAUUUAAUCCUAUGCCAAAUCAGUCAGAGAUGAAAGAGUGGUUGUGUCUGACUUGUCAGAUGCAAAAAGCUCUCGCAGCUGAUGUAUCAGGGCAGCCUCCAUUUAUGAAACCUCAGGCAUCACCAAGCGGUGUGCCCUCACCUGCUACUUCCAAAAAAGAUGUCACUGCCAAUCAAAACAAAGAUGUUAUUUCCACUGAAAAAGUGGGAGUAAUAGACAAAACUCAGAGGGACAGUUCAACACACGAUGCAGCACAAAUCAAAGAGGAGAUUUUACAAACAGCUGGUGUUUCAGGCCAAACAAAAGAAGAGAAGCCCAGUUUGCCACCUGCAGGGGAUGUUCCAACUUCCUCUGCACCUCAAAGCAAAAAGGCAGAGCCUGCUAUUUCAGACCUUGUAAAACCAAUACCUGCUGAAGCCCUUUCUGUCACCACAGGAGGUGAAAAUGCAGUUCAGAAGAAAACUCCAUUAAGUUUCAAACCGUCUGAAGUGACUUCUGAACAGACGAAGGAAAAUGUUGAAGAGAUUAAAAAAACAGCAGAUCAGCUUGUGAAACCCUCUCCUCAAGUUUUGGACAAGACAUCAGGAAUACAGAUUUCUCCAAAGUCCAGUCCUCCAGUUUCUCAAAAGAAGCCUCCACUAAGGGAGGCUGAACAGAAACAGGAGCGACAGACCGAACCAGAAAAGACACCAGGCAAGCCUCCAGAGCAUAAGCCUUCAGCAAUAAAACAGAGCAAAGCUGAUAUAGAAUUACAAGACUCAGCAAAACCAGAGGUUCCCAAGGAUGCCCUCAAAUUGGGUGGAUCUACUUGUCCACUCUGCAAGAUGGAGCUUAACAUGGACUCUAAAAACCCUAACUUCAACACCUGCACUGACUGUAAAAGCAUUGUCUGCAACAAGUGUGGAUUUAGUCCAAUUCCAAAUGUGAAGGAAAAGGAGUGGUUGUGUCUUAACUGUCAGAUGCAAAGAGCACUUGGAGCUUCUGAACCUCCAGGGCUUCCUAUGAUAAAACCACAGCCUUCACCAAGCAAAGAGAACCCUGCCACUGUACAGAAUAAAGAAACUCCAACUACAGCUUUAAUGCAAGAUAUUUCUAAGCCCCUCUCCCCUAGUAAUGAACUUGGUGACAUUAUUAGAGCCAAAGAAACAGAAAUCUCUUCUGUUGGUAUGCCAUCAAAGGAGGCUACACCUAUAGCUGUAGAUGUUUCACCAGCUCCAAAAAAGCCACCUUCAGAAAUGUCUAAAGGACAACCUGAUGCACCACAGGAGCAGACUGAAAAGGGCCCAACUCCUCUUAAGUCUGUUCUUCCAUCAGAAUCAAAAGCAGGGGAGCUGCCAUCACAAAAGCCUCCUAAAGCUUCUGUUCCAUCUGAAAAAUCUGUUCUUUCACAAGAUCAAAAGGAAGAAAAGCUACCACUAAAACAGCCGCCAAAAACUGGAACCUCCCCAGCUAAAUCCAUUCCACCACAAGUUCAGCCUGCAAAACAAGAGUCUGAGAGUUUCUUUGGCUUUGGCCGACCCAGAACGCCACCUACUGCAGCAAAAUCUGCAGAGUCCGUGACAGGGAAGAUGUUUGGCUUUGGAUCAUCUUUCUUAAGCUCUGCAUCCACUUUGAUUUCUUCUGCUGUGCAGGAUGAAUCUAAGACUACACCACCAACUCAACAUAAAAUGUACACGGCAGACAAAGUCAUUCCAAAAGCUACACCUCCAGCUUCUCCUAAAACAAUACAUGUGAAGGACACCAAACUACCUCCUGCACAAAAGGCUGAGGAACAGAAGCUAGAGAAGCUUGAGCAGAAUAACAUUCAUUCAGCAGAACAAUCCAAAGUGAGCGAUUCUCCACCAGAGCUACCAGCAGACCCCAAAGAUGCUUCAAAAGCAGAUCAGUCAAUCUGUCCACUCUGUAAGAUCAAACUCAACAUGGGCUCCAAAGAUCCACUCAAUUAUAAGACCUGCACAGAAUGCAAGACUGCAGUCUGUCUUCAGUGUGGCUUUGAUGCGAUGCCAACUAUAUCAGAGGUAAAGGAAUGGCUUUGUCUAAACUGCCAGAUGCAGAGAGCUCUGAAAGCACCUGAGUCCAUGGGACUUCCUGCUGUAAAACAACAGCCCUCACCAGGCAAGGUCUCCCAGCCUCUUUCUGAGCAAAAGGAAAAACCUGUAGAAGACAAGCACAUCCAUAAAGAUGACACUCAAACAACUUUAAUACAAAAAGAAACCCAGGAAGCUAAAGUCCCAGUAUCAUCUCCAGCUGACAAGAUGGUUACAGCUCAGAGAGAUGCUGUGCAAAAGGCACAGGUGGUUUCAGCUACCGAACAAGGGAAAGCAACAACUGUGACAGAUCAGCAGAAAACAGCUGAAAAACAGCAACAAGUACAGGUUUCUUCAAGGACCAUGCCAGCAGUAAAGCCAGGCCUUACAAAACAAGAAGCUGGUAAGCUACCCUCACAGCCCUCAAAAUCAACUCAACCUGCCAAACAGCCUACUCCAGUUCAGCCAACUAAAACAGAUUCUGGGGGUUUAUUUGGCUUCGGUGCUCCUAAAGCACAAACGGCAUCAGCAAAAUCUGCUGAAUCAGUCACAGGAAAGAUGUUUGGUUUUGGUUCAUCUUUUCUUAGUUCUGCAUCUACAUUGAUAACCUCAGCUGUUCAUGAUGAAAAUAAGACUACACCUCCUACUCCAAGAAAGAUGUCUACUACAGCUCCUGUCUCUCCCAAAGAAACACCCCCUACUCCAAGGAAAAUGUCCACUACAGCUCCCGUCUMUCCCAAAGRAACACCCCCUACUCCAAGGAAAAUGUCCACUACAGCUCCYGUCUCUCCCAAAGAAACACCCCCUACUCCAAGGAAAAUGUCCACUACAGCUCCAGUCUCUCCCAAAGGUACACCUCCUAUUCCAAGGAAAAUGUCCACUACAGCUCCCAUCUCUCCUAAAGAAACACCUCCUAUUCCAAGAAAGAUGUCCACUACAGCUCCCAUCACUCCCAAAACUACACCUCCAGUUUCUCCUAAAAUAACCCCUUCAAAGGAUACCAAACCACCUGCUGCACAGAAAUCAGAGAUACCUCAACAGGCCAAACCUGGUCCAUCAGCCCAAGAAAAAGUAGCGAAAGCUCCAACAGAAACUCUGAAAUCCACAGAACAGAUCAAUAUUGCUUCUAAGACAGGUCCACCCACCUGUCCACUUUGUAAGGUUGAACUCAAUAUGGGCUCGAAGGACUCUCCUAAUUACAACAACUGUACUGAUUGCAAGAACACUGUCUGCAAUCUCUGUGGAUUUAACCCCAUGCCCCAUACAGCAGCGAAGGAAUGGCUGUGUCUGAACUGCCAGACUCAGAGAGCCUUGUCAGGAGCACUGGGAGAUGCAGGAAUGAUUCCUCAACCUUCACAUUUGGCUGCCAAGCAAGAGACCCGGGCUAAACCUGCAACAAAUAUCACAGAGCCCAAAACUGCACCCACAAAAGUAGAGACCAAAACUUCAGCCACAAAACCACAACCUGUUCCCACUCAAACCAAGACAAUAGAAAUACCACCAACUACAAAAGCAAAAGCAGAAUCAGUCAAGAUGGAAACCACUAAGUCCGUACCUUCCAAACGAAGAGAAUCUGAAACAACACCAACAUCUAUAAAAGUAGAGCACCCUACUGAAGCCACAAAACCACAACCUGUUCCCACUCAAACCAAGACAGUAGAAUUACCACCAACUACAAAAGCAAAAACAGAAUCAGCCAAGAUGGAAACCUGUGAGUCCAUACCUUCCAAACAAAGAGAACCUGAAACAGCACCAACACCUUCUGCUGCAGGAAAACAACCUUCUACAACUACACUGGAACAAUUAAUACCAGAGGCUGCAUUGCCAAAUGCCAAAUUACUUAAGGCUGAAAUAAUGCAAAAUAAAGAUGAGAUAGUGGUGAUGGAUAAAAAUAUGACAGAAACCUCAAAAUUCCAAGAGUCUAAACCUGAUCUUCUCAAAACUGAAAGUGAUGCAGAACCAUGUAAACCUCCUGUUUCAAGGUUUGAGGACAAACAUGUCCCCAUAGCUCCUUGUGAUGCAAAAGUUGUUCCAGAGAAGGAAUCAAAACCAGAACACCUUGUUCCAGAGAGUAUAGUUCCAGAGGUUCAACAUUUAGAUCAAAUCCAACUGAAAGAACCAACAAGUUCUCUGCAGCAAGUUCAACUGCCACUGAAGUCACAAGAACAUCAGGCAGCAACAGAAGAAAAAUCGACUGUGGCAGCUGAAAUCAAGAAAGUGGUUAUCACAGAAGAAAAGAUUGACAUUAUCUCAACUCAAGAGUCUCAACCAGUGUCUACAGAUAAACGUGAAACAGAUGAGAUUUCAAUGAUUAAAAGAAAGAUUUCAACAUCUAACGAGGAAGCUCAAAUGAAGAUCUUAGCUGUCCCUGUAACAAGGGUUAAGAACAAUCUCCAAACAGAGGAGUCAGAUGAAGAUCAACCCCAGAUUUUACCUGUAGUUCAUGAAUUGAGUGACUUGCAUUUAAGUGAUGCAAGAAAAAAUGAUAUAAAUAUAGAUCCCACUAUGCCAGUAGAGGAAAAAGUUAAAUCAGAGAGAAGACGCCUGAGUGUACAAGCUAUGGAUGAGAGCAGUGAAAGUGACCUCACGCCAUCUUCCCCCCAUGUUCAAAGAAAGAUCCUGAAAGUUAGCACUAUUUCAUCCAGCAGUGAAGAUAUCAAAACAGAAAGUGCUGAUUCCUCCAUUGAGGAAGACGAUUUCAUCCGCAAGGAGAUUAUGGGUAUGGGAGGAGAAAAGCAAAUGUCUGUGUCAGAAGAUGAGAAAGAAGACAAUAUGGCAAAUCUAGAAGAUAUCAAGAUCACUAGGCUUGAUAAUGCUUCUAUACCAGACAAAUCUCUAUUGCAAAAAGCUGACACAGAAACUACUACUGGGGUCACUACAACUCUUCAAAAUAUUCCAGAAACAACCACAACCACAUUCAAAAAAGCUAUUCCAGCCAUGAGGCAAAGACAAAGCACUGAUGAAGAAGUUGAGAGCAUUACAGAAUCUCUAUCAAAGGGUUCAUCUAGUGUUCAGGCAUCGAGCAUAACUCCAGGAUCUUCACCAACAUCAGUUUCAUCUUUGGAAGAAGACAGUGAUAGCAGUCCCCAUCACAGGAAAGUUAGAGACAAAAAACAUCGUAAAGAAAGACACAAACAACCACCCCAGCAGCUACCCACCAUUGAAAACUCCUCUGAAGAAGAAAAAAUGAAGACACAUAGUGAGCCAUUGUCUUCUUCUGAAAACGCAUCAUCUACAGAAGAUCUAAAGCAAGUAACUGUAAUAGACAAAAGUCAUAGAACAUCUGGCUCUGAGUACUCUGUCAAUUUAGAAUCAGAUCCAGAGAUUAGAACAGCAGUACAGAGAGGACGUAAACCUUCAGCUACAGUCAUACCGUACACCCCAUCUGAUCAAUUUAAAGAAAGGGACCCCAUACCGAAAUCAUUAAAGAGUGCUGAUGAAGCAUAUGAAGAAAUUAUUCAGAAAACAAAAUCUAUUCCAGGGGAGAGUCCUCCAGAUAUUGAACCACUUUAUGGAGGAAUGGCAAUAGAAGAUUAUCUUUACGAGUCCUUAGUUGAAGAACCUGAAAUCAAACAAAGUGAAUUUCAAGAAGAAGAAUCACAACUUGAUACUGGCUCUCAAUUGCUCAAAAAGCUUAGAUCCCCAGAGGAGGUUUAUGAAGAGAUGAUGCAGAAAAAGAGGGAAUUAAUCAUGAUAGAGCAAGAAUUCCAAGAAGCCCAAACAGCAUUGGAAUUUUCCUCACCGGAGACGUUGGUCCACACGCCUCCAUCAGAGGCUGAAACCUGUGUGGUGACCAUAUCUACAGAAGAAACACAUGUCACUAAACAGAUUUAUACACCUCCCCCAGGCAUGGACACUUUAACUGAAUUUCCUGUAAAGAAAAAGAAACGUCCAGCACCUCCACGGCCUUCUGAACCCCCUAAACGUACUGCAGUAACAGCUGUUCCAACUACCCAAAGUGGAUCUAUAAGUUUUGUAAGACCUAUGGUUCCUCAGGAUCCUGCGCUAAGGAAGGCUUUGUUUCCUAUACCAGAUCUUAAGAUUACUCAGUGCUCAUCCGGUGAAGAAGAGGAUGAUAGUCUUGCGGAUGAAUAUGCUAUAGGCAUUUCCUCUGACAUUACCCCUAGUGAUGACUCUGAUGCUAAAGAUGACCCAUCUCCAAGUCCACCAUUGUCUGAAACCACUGAAAUGGAUCCCAUUUGUGUGGUCUGUGAAAUGCCAGAACCAAAACCAAUUCCAAUUCCAAUAUCAGCUCCAGAACUAACCACUACACCUUCUACAGUAUCACCGGUUUCAGUCCCAACUUCACCAGCAACGCCAGAUUCCAGUUUGGCUUCUAAUGCAACCUCUUCUUCUUCAUUUCAGCCUCAAACACCUCUUUCCUCAGAUUCAACUCCACUUUCCACACCAACACCCCCAACAUCUUUUAAAGACGAGUUGCUUUCAGACUCCUCAGUGCCGUUGCCUGACACAGUUGCAACAGAACAAUUAGAUGAAACCUUAUUCCCUUGUCCAGCUUCCACCGCUGUUAUAGUUACUAUACCAGAUUUGGUCUCUGAACCAUCCAAAUCUCAAGCUACGGAUGAAUUUAAAUAUAAGUCUUUUACAGCUAUAGCUCCAACUCCACCUACAGUGCAAACAUCUAUUGCUGAAUCUGGUAAGGUUCAAAUGCCAGACUUGGUUUCGUCUCCGUCGCAGGUUCCUAAUAAAGCCACAGGUGUUUUACAAGUGUCAGCGCCAAGCUCAGCCCCUGUUGUUGUCUUAUCUCAGAGUACUGCCCAAGUUACAGCUACACCUGUCAUAGUUACAACUCCAGUUUCAGUCAUCGAUGUUUCAUCCUCUGUCAGUAUGGUAUCAUGUCUUGAGCCAGUCAUAAUCCAGAUGCCUGACCUGGUUUCAACAACAGCACCAGUUGCUGGACAACCCCCCAAACCAAUUUCAGCUCUAAUAACUACCCCAGCUCAAGCCCAAGCUAAAGUGGUACACUCAGUUCCCAUACAGCCAGCGGUUCCAUUAAUGAGACCAAUGAUAGUCUCAGCACAGUCAGAGCAAGGCCCUCCAUUAGCUUCAGCAUCCACUACUGUUAUCAAAAAGAAGGUCCCACCACCCCCUCCUCCUCGAUCUACUUCUGUAUUGUUGCCUGAGAUUUCCAAAGAAAUACCUGUUACAAAGACUGUUGUUGCAUCAGCUACAUCAGCUAUUGAAAGCACAAUGGUUGCCCAGCCAAUGCAAUCAGUAGUUGUAGAUAUACAGCCAAGAAUGGAAGUAAAUCAAUUUGACAGUGCAUAUGUACCUCAAGUAGUGACUCCAGCUAGACAUGGACAUGUAGUCAUCAUUGUGCCAAGUGUGGAAAACAUACCUUCACUUGGACCUGGACAGACUACUCAAAAUGUAGAUAACACAGAUACAAAAGUUGCUGCACAUGCAUAUGGUACUACCCAUCCAAUUUCAGAUAUACCCAGAACAGAUAUAUCCUCACUACCUCUUAGAGCAUCAGCUGUACUUACAGGUCCACCGUUUCCACCUAAAACCUCAGUGGAAGUGAAAGUUGCACCUAGUAUACCUAGUGCAGAUUUAUCACCAUCACCUCCCUCUACUUUACCUAAACCAGCUGUUUACCCAAAGUCAUCAGUUCCCACUCCAGUCACAAAUUCUACAGUAACAGUUCCACCAGUUUCCGUAGCAAUGUCUGGUUUUUACCAAGCCUCCAAGCCUCCACCACCAAUACCACCUAAGCCUGUAUCAAUUCCAGCUGGACUCAUUUUCAGCCACAAACCAGGAGAGCAUGUCAAACCACCUCCUCCUCCUGUGGCACCAAAAGCAGCAACACUGCCCAGGAUGAAAGAACCUCCAAAAGCUCUGUCUCUUAGCCUUACACGUCCUGUGGAGUCUAAAUUUGGAGCAACGUCUCCUAAAUCACCUUUGUCCCCUAGACAUGCCAAAUGUUUACAAACGUAUGUGGUGAUUACGCUUCCUUCUGAGCCUGGAUCUCCAACUGAGACAGUAACAGUCCAGGCACCUAUUAGACGAGGAUCCAUCCCAUCUUCAAAAGUUUCAAAGGUACGGACAACACAAGCUGAGCAGAAAACACCAACUGAGGCUUUUUCAGCACAGGUUACAGUAAGAAGAGCCUCUGUUCCCACUGUAAAGCAUUCUCCUCCAGUUAAUGUGGCCUCAACUUUAGCUGUACAGCAUGUCACAACCUCUGACGUAGUGGCUGCAGAUAUACAAACAAGGAGAGACUAUUUUCCCACUGCUGUGAAACCACCAUUUCCUGUGGCUGAUGUCGUUACAGUAUCAUCAGACGAAGGUUCUCCCAUUCAGGCUCAUGCUGUUGUUCCUCCAAUUAAGAAAAUAUAUAUGGAGCAACAACAACCAAUGUCUCAGCCACCACCCACAGAUAUGUCAGAAGUCACAAUGCCCCCAAAAGAAAAAGUUUAUGCUCUGCCUCAUAUAGACCAAAUCAUUGCAAGAGAACAGUUUGCAUCAUUUGUUCCUGAGCAACCAAGCAUAGUCCCAGAUGCUGAAACAAUUCCUUCAACAAUUUUGCCAGAAGAAGUGUUUCAGCAAGCACCAAAACCUAUUUCACCCAUGCAAAAAGUGUCUUUGACAGAAAUUGUAGUUGUACCAUUGCAGCCUAAACCACUGUUAGAUGAUGUGGUUUUUCAGGAUGGAAUAAUUUCAGGGCACUCAGCCAUUCCUCAAGAAGAUUCAACACAAAUAGAAGUGAUACAGAAAGAACAGGACAGACUUACUCAUGUCUUUGUCACAGACACAGUACCAAUAAAAACAUCAGUACCAAACCUUAAAGUAAUGUCUGAUCUCCCAGCAGCAGCACAAUUAGUUCAAGAUGCAGAAAUUAUGCCCAUAGUAAAAGAGGAAAUUCCUACACAGCAGGUAAAUCUUGUUACUGAAAGAGCGACUCUCCCUACAAAGGCUGAAUAUUCCAUAGAGCUCUUUGACACUUGUGUUAGAAUGCCAGAGGUUGCUGUGGUUUCUCCAGUACCUCAACCUGUCACAGUAGUGGCUGAAAUCACACCAAAACCUCGAACUUCUCAGGUAUCACCAAUACCUACAGUAGCUGAAAUGGAAACUCAUGCAACUUCUGAAACAACACCACCAUAUCUUGUGAUGGAAGAUCAACAAAUGGCAACACACUCAAAUGUUACUAAUCUUCCACAGGAAUAUGAGAUAAUUGCAUCCUCAGUAAUGGCACAUUCAGUGCCAUCACUGGAGAACAAAACUUUACAGCUUGGAUAUAAAACACCUACUGAAAUUAUUACAAAUGAUACAAAUGAAAGAACACAUUCAAUGUAUUUAUCAGAAUUACAAUAUCAUACAAUGACAGGAAUCCCAGUUAUUUCAUCUGAAGAGACUAAAUGUAGAAGAACAUCCAUAUCAUCUACAGAACAACCACAAUACAUGACAAGCGAUGUAUUUGCCUAUUCUGCAGAGUAUGAAAUGCCUCUGGAAGGGGUUACAGCUGAGGCCUUUGCACAAAUACUAAAAAUACCAGCUGAAAAAGAUGUUCCCACAACUGACUAUGCAGCUGAAGUCUACAGGAGUGAAUACAUCCCAUCAACAGAACAACAACCACAGUUAUCACCUUAUUCAUCUGAAUAUGAAUACCCUGUUGAAAUAUUAACCACUGAGGAAUAUGCCAGGAGAACCUCAAUGCCCCCUGCACAGGACAUUGCAUCUGUAGCACCAGUCACAAUCACUAAAAUUCAACAAGAGUCAAUAGAGAGCCAAGAGGUUAGAGGAACAGAAAAAGUGGUUUCUAGUAUGAGUCACAUGUAUUCUUCCUCCAUUUCCACCUCAGGCCAGCCUCCUGAAAGCCUGUCUAGCCUAGUCACUCAGGUGGUCACCACUGAAGUUCAAAGGACAACUGUUUCUGUUGUUCAUGAAAGACUUCCACAGGUCCAUCCACAAAGUGUAUCAAUCACUGUACAACCAGACAUAGCAAAAGUCCAACCUUUACCUAAGCAGAAUGGUAAAAUAAUCUAUCCUGGUGAUGUUAUUGAUCUGCGUACUAUCAAGUCUGGCAUAAAGAUGACAGACCAAGGCAUGGACCUUACUCCACCUAUGUCAUGUCGUCAGUCUUUUUCAAGUGACUCUAGUGGACAUCAAAGCACUGCAGUGCAGCCUGAAAUAGUUAAUCUCAGUGCAGAAAUUACCCCUACAACAACUUUGUCUGUUGUCACGGACAGCAUUACAAUAGUAACAUGUACAGCCACGAUUGCUUCAUAUAGCAACACUCCAGCAGAGAAACCACUUGAUUUGCAGGGCCCUGUUGCGUCAUUGCCUGUGCCUCUCACCACAUACAAACCAUUUGAACCACUAGCACAAAUCAUAUACAGACCUGUAAAGACCCCACCUAUGUAUAAUACAACAGCAUCUACAGCUCAAGACCUACCCAUCAAUCUGUCCUAUGAAGGACUUGUCUCCUCUGCAGGAAAACAGCCACUGACUUCAGCGCAAACAGUUAUCAGCAAUGGAGGUGCAGUUCUUGCACUUGAGGCUACAGGAGCCAUGGAUUUGUCAAACUACAAGCCGGUAAAAGCUAUGGUAGCUUUGUCUGGCACAAGCCCAGGAGUAGUGACCUCCAUUAUAGAGGAUGAUGGAGUUCCUGUGGACCUUACUGCUGGUCGGAGAAGCAUCUGCUGUGAUGUAAUUUAUAAGCUACCAUUUACAGGAAGCUGUAGAACACAGCCACCCGUUACAAACCAGCCUGACAAAAAACAGCCUGACAAUCGUUUUGGAUACAGGGAUGAUCACUAUCAAUACAAUAAUGCUGGACUGUACAGCAUAAAAGGAACUAAUGGAAUAAAAGCAUCAGUGUCUGACAACAGUCUGACAGAAGCAGGACUGUCCAUGUAUGAUUUCAAAAAUGACUAUGACUACCUCACUGGAUCUUCUGAUGGUGCCAUAGACUUAACUGCUACUAAACUUUCAGCUGGUGAAGCCCUUGACUACACUAGCAAAGCAACCAGAGUCUACCCUGCCAUUACUGCUCCAUACUCCCAGGUCUCUGCAGCUGGGUUUGGUGUGAACAGUGCUCUAAGAACAUCAGAUGGAAUAGUUUAUUCUUCAGUUUCUGCACCAGUUCCAUCAACUUAUGCUAUUACAACUCAGCCAGGUUCCAUCUUUAGUACUACUUUAACACCUACAUCAAAAGUCCAAGACCAGUCCUUACUCCCCUAUUAUGGCUUUAUUCCUACUACAGACCCAGGGCAGUUAGUUCCUUUUGAGGCUGAGCUAUCUAAGGAACUCCUCCCUCCAGUUUUGGCUGACAUCAUAACUGGCUAUCCAGAGAUGUACUCAGACACCACCCUGGAAGCAAUUGCUGCUUCUUUAGAUGCCCUAGCUUCUUCUCCAAUAUUCCCUGGCUUAGACAACACUAAGAUGGCUCAAUAUCAGAUGGAGAGGGAGUUUUUAGAGCUAGAGAAGCUUAAGCAGCUAUGUCUUGCUGAGGAGCUGGAGUGGGAGAGGCAGGAAAUCCAGCGUUACAGAGAACAGGAGCAGCUUAUGGUCCAGAGGGAACUUGAAGAACUUCAAGCUCUAAAACAGCAGCUUCUCCUUCAGCAAGAAGAAGAGCAUCAUGCCCACAUGGUAGCCCAGCAAGAGACUUAUGCUCAACAGAAAGAGCAGUUGCAACAAAUCCAACAACUCCAACUUCAACUCCAGCGGCAGCUAGAUGAGCACUAUGGUACCACUGGAUCAACAGGAAACAUUUUAGAAGCUAAAUAUGCAGGAGUAGGAGACAGUGGUCAGUAUUGGCCUGUCAAAGAUGAACCUAUACAUACAGAAGAAAGUCAUCUUAACUUAGUAAAGCUUCAAGCUGAUCAGGACCUUGGGAAAAAAAUACUUGAUAGUGGAGUGCAAACAGAUGACGAAGACUCAACAGAGAAGCAGCAUAUGGGAAGAAAAAAGAAGAUUAAGAAAACCAUUGAAAGCUCAGCUCAGUCUGAUGAUGAGGACCAAGAUGAAUGGGAUGCUCCCACUAAAGUUCGACGACGCUCUCGAAAGCAUAGUAAUGAGGGGAAACAUGGCUCCAAAGUGUCUAGCAUUGCCAUUCAGACAGUGGCAGAAAUAUCUGUUCAGACUGACCAUUCUGGAACUAUUAAACGACCCAAUGUACAAAUGGAUACAAAAGUAGAAAUCAUUAAGCACAUAUCAGCUCCAGAAAACUCUCAUAGAGGCGGCAGUCUGAGUUGUCAGACAGAUUCAGACAGAAGGCAUUCACCCAUUGAGGUGGGCUACAGCACACAGCUGACAGCAGAUAUCCCCUCUAAAUCUAAAGUGCUCUACACUUCAGUUUCUUCCUUAUCCCCUGAAAAGUCAUAUGGAGGGCAGAGAAUGUUAACUGCUGAUCCAACCAGAUUUUCUUCUGGCCCUCGGAUAUUAAAAGCUGGUCAGAAGUCUCUGUCUGAUCCUAAAUCACUCAGUCCUUCAACAGAAGACAGAAUCGGAGGCUACUACACUGACAGCUAUUCUGGUCGCGGUUCUCCUUCUAGUACCAGUAAGAAAGUAAAGCGAACACUGCCAGACCCCCCUCCUGAGGAUGACUCUCUGAGUGGAAGGUCAGGCUACAGCACCAACUCUGCUCGUCGCCGUCUUGCACGCAGCACAACAUUGGCCCGGGCAAAGAUCCUGCAAGACAUCGAUAAAGAACUUGACCUGGUCGAGAGAGAAUCCUCUAAACUUCGCAAAAAGCAAGCUGAGCUAGAUGAAGAAGAAAAGGAAAUUGAUGCUAAGUUGCGGUAUUUGGAGAUGGGUAUAAAUCGCCGAAAGGAAGCCUUGUUGAAGGAAAGAGAAAAGAGAGAAAGGGCCUAUCUUCAGGGUGUGGCAGAGGAACGAGACUACAUGUCAGACAGUGAGGUUGGCAACAUCAGAGAUACUAGUGGCGAAGGCCUUGAGAGACCACGGACUGCUCCACGGUCAGAGUUUGAUCAGUUCAUUCCUCCACAAACUGAGGCUGAUUCCCAGUACAACACACUAACUAGUCCCUACUCACACUAUGGUCAAUAUGUGCCUCAGACCCAAACCACCAGUCACUACACUCAGCAAAAUUUGUACCAGCAGCAGUCCCUAUACCAUCAACAGGUGUCUCCUUACCCAACACUCUCCCUCUCCCAUGGCCAGGCUCAGUCGAGCACCUACCAACACGCAUUGCUCAUGCAGCAAGGAAAGCAGCGUCAAACCACCCUGUCAGAACUGGGGCCUAAAAUUACCUCCAACUAUGAGGUGAUUCGCAACCAACCUCUACUCAUAGUGCCAACCUCUUCAGAAAGUGGCUAUGGAGUGGCUCACUUAGGUGGGAAAUAUGGCAAUUUAGACUUAAGGGUGGGAUUAGAAGAGAGGAGCAUGGCCUCUAGUCCCAUGUCCAGCAUUUCUGCUGAUUCCUUCUAUGCUGACAUUGACCACCACAAUGCCAGGAACUAUGUCCUUAUAGAGGACAUAGGGGAGCUCACCAAAGCCUCAACAGGGCUGGGCAGUAGUGGACUGGGAUCUGGAUUCAACCUCCCUGAUAAGGAGCUAUCAAAAGCCGACAGACUGCUCAGGGCAGCAGAAGCAAGGCGCACCGCAGAGGUGGCAGAAUUUUUAGGCACGUCACGUUAUGGAAAAGGAGAAGAUGAUGCUAUGGAGGAGCCUUAUGAGCUGAAGCUACUGAAGCAGCAAAUAAAGCAGGAGUUCAGGCGAGGAACAGAGGGGCUUGAACACUUAACAGGCCUUGGCCUUCCCCAGUAUCUUUCAAGCGAUAGCAGUUUGCGCCAUUUUCCAAAAGGGGAGAAAUACAGCAUUGGUAGACUUACUCUUGAAAAACAGGCUGCAAAGCAACUUCCGGCUGCAGUGCUUUACCAAAAACAGAUGAAGAACAAAAAGGCCCUUUUAGACUCCAAAGCUAUUACAAAAUUUUCCCCAAUUCAGGAAAGUCGAGAUCUUGAACCUGAGUUUGGUAGCUACAUGGGGUCUGGAGCUUCCUCUGUGUCCAGUCUGGCAGCUAGGGCAAGGUUACUUCAGGAUGAAAUUACAUUUGGGCUUAGAAAAAACUUGUCUGAGCAGCAAAAAUAUUUGGGUUCUUCCCUUGGGUCCAACCUUUCUGGUUCUCUUAAUAUCGGGCAGUCCCUUAGCCUUGGAUCAACUGUUAGGGCCACCACUCAUGAUGAUGGCACUUACCCAAGUGGCACUAGAUCCCGUCCCUCCUCUCGCCCCUCUUCCCGCCCAUCUUCUGUCUAUGGCUUGGAUCUUUCCAUAAAAAGGGAUCUCUCCAGUUCCUCACUCAGACUUAAAACGGAAGGGGAGGUCUUGGAUGCAGCAUUUGCCCCUGGAGUCUCCAGAGCAAAGCCCACCAGUUUACCUAUCAGCCAAAGCCGGGGCCGCAUCCCCAUUGUGGCUCAGAAUUCCGAGGAGGAAAGCCCUCUGAGCCCAGUGGGGCAGCCUAUGGGUAUGGCUAGAGCAUCUGCUGGUCCACUUCCUCCUAUUUCUGCUGACUCUAGGGACCAAUUUGGGUCUAGCCAUUCCCUGCCAGAAGUACAACAACAUAUGAGGGAGGAAUCUCGUACACGGGGCUAUGAUAGAGACAUCGCAUUCAUCAUGGAUGAUCUCCAAGGCGCCAUGUCUGACAGCGAAGUGCUAAGUGAGUCCAUGCUGGCUUUGAACAGAGAUGGUGCCAGAAUCUUUCAUGAAAGUAUCAGACACGCCGGAGGCACAAACUGGAGUAUAGAAGCCUACCACCUGCGGAGAGAGGACACAGAUUGGUUUGAUAAACCAAGAGAAGGGCAGCCUCAGAGCAGCCACAUGUCAGAUCGGAGACAGAUAAAACUGGUCCCGUACGUCUUUCCUCACACUCGCAUUAAGCUUAAGAGAGACAUGAAUGACCCCAGUGUUUCAGGGAAUGGACUUGGGAUCCGUGUUGUAGGGGGUAAGGAGAUUCCAGGCAGUCGGGGUGAGAUCGGAGCCUACAUUGCCAAGGUUAUGACUGGUAGCGUGGCCGAACAGACGAGAAAGGUUGCUGAAGGAAUGCAGGUGUUGGAGUGGAAUGGAGUCCCUCUAACAGGAAAGACUUACGAAGAGGUGCAGUGCAUUGUGGGUCAGCCAUGUGCAGAGGCGGAGCUCUGUGUGAGACUUGACCUUAACAUGUUGUCUGACCCUGAACAUCCACAAAUUCUGGAGCAUCAUAUCCAGCUAAAAGCUGGUGGGCAGCGUUCCCCUGGUGUAGAUCCUAAGCAGUUGGCUGCAGAGCUGCAAAAGGUAUCUGAGCAACAAGGCCCUGACAUAGUUGGGACAGGACCAGGGGGCUUGGGGGUCCUCUCUGCAUUGGAACGUUCUGCCCUCCUUCACUCAGGCACUGGGUCAGCGGCCUCCAGUGGGGUCCCAAGCCCUGGCCAGCCAGCCUCUCCUGCCAUCAACAAGAAACAGCGUCAGAAGCCAACAGAGAUGAUAAAAGCAGCUCAUCCCAUCACAGGAGAGAUUCAGCUCCAGAUAAACUAUGACAGAAGCUUAGGAAAUUUGAUUGUGCACGUCCUGCAGGCUAGAAACCUGGCCCCCCGAGACAACGACGGUUACUCUGACCCUUUUGUGAAGGUCUACCUUUUACCAGGGAGAGGUCAAGUCAUGGUUGUCCAGAAUGCAAGUGCUGAUAACAAGAGAAGGACCAAGUAUGCCCAGAGGACCUUAAACCCAGAGUGGAAUCAGACUGUCAUCUACAAAAACAUCCAUUUGGAACAGCUAAAGAAGAAGACGUUGGAGGUAACAGUGUGGGACUAUGACAGAUCUUCCUCCAAUGACUUUCUUGGAGAAGUUCUGAUCGACUUGUCAAACACAGCCCAGCUGGACAACACUCCUCGCUGGCUGCCUUUAAAAGAGCAGAGUGAAAGCAUAGAACACAGCAGAGCCCACCACGCGGCCCAAGCUCCACCAGGUUCUGGGCCAGGUCAGGGACACGGCCAGGGCCACAUAUCUGGGUCUGGACCGUGGCAUGGGAUGGGUCCAGGUCAAGCACCAGGCCAGGGAGAUGACAGCCAGGAUUCACCCAAAAACUCUGUGAUUAAGAGCAGAAGCCAUGGGAUAUUCCCUGAUCCAGGCAAAGACAUGCAAAUGUUGCCUUUGGAAAAGUCACACAGCAGUCCCGGCAGCUCUAAGUCCUCAUCUGAUGGCCAGCUGCGCUCCCAUGGCCCGUCCCGAAGUCAAAGCAAGAGCAGCGUCACUCAGGCCCACCUUGAGGAUGCUGGGAUAGCCAUUGCUGCCGCAGAGGCUGCCGUGCAACAAUCCCGCCUGCAACCAAGACUGGGACACAGGCUGGCCGAUGUCUCAGGGUCAGUGGUCCUGUCUGCCCCGAGCCUUGUCGGAGAUGCGUAUGGAGGUCUGGAUGGGGAGGAAGGGGUGGGCAUCGGAGUGGACAGUGCCAUUUUCCAAGUCCCACGCAUCGGUAAAGCUAUUCCUAACGGUACAGACAAAAACCAACAAAUCACCCCAGAGAAUGAAGGUGGUAAAACACAAGUAAUAGGUGAAAUCAAGGUUGCUCUUAAGAAAGAGGUGAAGACAGAGGGGGAUCAGCUGGUCUUGGAAAUCCUUCAGUGCAGAAACAUCACGUACAAGUUCAAAACCCCAGACCACCUGCCAGACCUGUAUGUGAAGCUGUACGUGGUGAACGUCGCCACUCAGAAAAGGAUCAUCAAGAAAAAGACGAGAGUUUGCCGCCAUGACAGAGAGCCUUCUUUUAAUGAGACCUUCAGAUUCCCCCUCAAUCCAACGGGACAUUCCAUACAGCUUUUCUUGGUGUCUAAUGGUGGCAAGUUUUUGAAGAAAACCUUGAUAGGGGAAGCUUACAUCUGGCUUGACAAAGUGGACAUGAGGAAGAGAGUGGUCAGCUGGCACAAGCUGUUUGCCAGUCCCAACCAGACCAUUCCCUAAACGCAAUUUCUGCAGACCGGUAAAAGUGAAUGCGGAGAUGAGAUCUGGCAAAAGAAUAGUUGAAAAAAAAAUUGAUGUGUUUUGUUUAUGGAGUUUUUAAGUGGUUAAAAAAAGAAAUAAUAUGAGAGUAACAUUGCAUGUUUAUCAGUCUAACACUGCCAACACACAUAUUCACCGUCUCCCUUGUCGAUUCUCUGCAGACUGCUUGAAUGCAAGCAUGCAAAUACCAAGGCAGGUACUGAGAGGUACUCUACAGCAAUAUGGCUUUAGGGCAAACAUGUUUUCUCUUACCAUGGCUCAAAUUCUACAAUCCAUAUGAGACUUUGUUUUGAUGCUGCACGGCUGAGCAAUCACAUCUUUCAGAGAGACAGAUAAUUAAAAAGAAGAGAAUGAUCAAAAGCAACAUGUCAUCUUUAUGAGAGUCUAUAUUAUGAAGGAUGUGGAUUGCUUUGGUGUACAAAAAGAACAAAACAAUGGAUAAUUUUAUUCAUAUGACAGACUUUCUAUUCAUAAAACAGUAUAAAACAUUACAAAGCCUAAAGAGAACUCAGUAAGACUGUUGACCUUUGCAAUGGGAUGAAGAUUAAAUGUACAGCAGAUAUCCCACAUGCAGAUAACAGAGCAUAUCAAAGAAUUGUACAGUGUGAUAUUUGUAAAACAUGAAAAAAAUAUAGCUUAUGCAGAAUAUAUCUAGAGUACCAGAUUUGUUCUCUUAUAACUAGAUUAUAUAUGAGACGAGGCGGACUAAAGUUCUUGCAAGAUUGAGGCUGUGGGUGGCGCACUGACAAUCCAGUAAGCAGUCCUUACUGUUAGGUGAAUGUGGACCUAUGUGAGCUCAAGGAUGGUCAUUAUCACAUUCAGUGGCUCCUUCAGGCCUCUGAUCACACCGAUGCACCUUCUGUGUCGAUCAGGGCUGUGAUCGUAGGUCGUGUCAUCAUCCAGGGACAGAUUAUUAUAUCAUUAUAUCUCCGGGCAAGUUGGAAUUCCAGUAAGAAUGAGCAGCAUCUCGUGCUCUUUCACCCAAAGCACAUGCUGUGUUGAAUGUCACAACUAUUUAGGAAUAAGGCUCAUUAUAUUUAUGUCAUGUGUGUGACAUUUUUACUUUUAGGUUGCUGUAGGAGCUUAAAGCUCUAUAUUUUAUUAAGGCCCUUCACUGUUUUUGUGGACGAGCAAUUUAAAACAAGUCGUGUCAAAACCAAAGGUGGAUCCACCGCAUUGAUUAUUGGCAGGUCUGCUUUGUGUGUAUUUGUGAAUCCCUUUGAUUUCAGUUUGACUGUGGAAAUCGUUUUCAAAUUAAGAUAAAAAAAGAAAUAAAUUAGUUAGUUGUCAAGGUUCUUCUGUGUGUCUGUGAAAAAAAAAGUUGAACAUUUUUCGUUUGUGUCAGUGACUCCCGUGAAACACAGUGAACCAGCAUCUUUCACUGCCUGUGAUCAAAAUGUUCUCUCAGGCCCAAGAGUUCAGCCAUGGCGAUGAUUCAGAAGAGCGCAUGGGGGCAGGGGGGCCGUGUCUCGAUAUUAUUGUGUAUGCAAGAAGACCCGUGUCCAUGUACUUGUUCAUGUUCGUCUGUCUGUAUUUUACCACCAAACCAACAAAAUCAAAGAAAAGAAAAGAAAUAUCAGCAAAUUUAGGUUUAAAAUGGGGCUGAUGCAACUUUUAGGAAACAACACACAAAGAGCAAGAUGUCACCUAUACAAUCAAGUUUAAUGCGGGUGGGACCAUUUUUAAACAUUAAUAAAUAUUUACCCGUGCCAACUUUUUAUUUCACUUGUAUUUGUUGGACUUCUGUUUUGUACAUUUGAUUCCAUAUUCAUUUGUUCUUUUAAUGUAAUUCUAUGCAACAUAAGUAUUUGAAUGCAUUUGAGUUAAAAAAAAAUUUAAUGUUUGGUCUGUCUAAAAAAACGUCUUAGGAGAAAAAAACAACCAUAUUUGUACACUGGUGAGAGAAAAUAUCUUAAUUUUUUACUUAUUUUAAUAUAUAUUGAUGUUAACACUUGUUAACAUCUAUAUGGAUCUUGUGCACUUUAUUACAAUGUUUAUUUUUGUUGUCUGAUUUGAACUGUCACAUGCAAUGGGUACGUUUUUGUGUUUCUGCACUGAAAUGGACUGAGUCAUGACGUAUGUGGUGGUGGCAGAAAAAAAGUCAUCAAUUGUGGUGUGCAUUUUGUAUCUUUGUGGCAAAAAGAUGAAUAGGAAUACAAACAUGUUGUUCCAUUAAAAAAAAAUGCACAAUCUUCCGUGGAAUCACCCUCAACUACUUCUCGCUCUAGUGUACUUCUCAGUCUGUGCACUCAGUGCAGUAAGUAAGACAUCUUAUUGCUCAGUCAUGACUGUUUGACCUCUCAUGUUUCAUUAGACUUACUUCAAACUAAAAACUGUUUGUUCUGAUCAGCUGUUGCCUGUGAUCGUGAAACCAUUCAUUUGUUGUCGUACUGAGGGGUGUGAAUGUGACUCAAGUUGUCUGACACGUGUACAUAAAGUGUUUAUUUUCUACAAUGAUUGAAUAUUUAUAUUGUCCGAGGUUUGAGCAUGUGAGUGUUUAAAAAAGAAAAUAAAAAAUCACAAAAGACUUAUAACUGUACAGCCAAUGGGUGUCAAUAGUUGUACAAGGGGAGUUUUAUCAAAACGUGCUGUCAACCAUUGACUGUUUGUGCAAUUAUGUCUUCUAACCUGCAGAAACAACUCAUAAGAAGAAAAAAAAAGUAACUUCAGUAGUUGUCUAAAAGUUUUUGUUCUGAAUGUUGCAUGUUUUGUUGAUGUUUUGUCUGUAUAUUUUUGCCCACAGAUUAUGUUUAAAAAGAGAGAGAAUAUGUAUAGAUUUAUCUGUAUGCUAAGAGUAAAGAGAAAUGCUUCUACAAUUGACUCGUUUUUCACUCCGUGUAAAAACAGAGCAUACGAUGUUAUGGUUUUUGUGAUUGUACACAGGAUGUGUUGAGAUAUGCAAAUUGUGCUGUAAAAAUAUUGAAGUUUCAUUUGAAUCAAAAGAAUAAAUAUUAAGAGCUAUAUUGCAUAUCCAAAA